AUGAUCCCGAUGCAUGCCAUGGGAGUACAAGACCCAAACGCCUUGAAUGUUAGGCAAGCUCGAGGCAGACUUUCCAACCUCAAUCCCAUGAGAACCAAGCCACGUCGAGAAGUUUCGCUGAUGGUGGCACCUGUGAUGCCCGCAAGCCUGCCAUCGAUGCCAUUUUCUUCUUCGGAUCAAAACUAUAACCUUGUAAGGAUCGAAACCGAGAGAUCAAUUGACUCGCAUUUUUCACUCCAGCUGCAAUUCCGAGUAAGUCUUACGCUCAGCAAACGGGAGAUCGAGUUGAUCCGGUACUCGUGGCACGAGAUGCUCAUGGACCAGCCGGGGGUGACGAAAAAAGCAAAGCCAACGAAUAUUCCGGGAGCAUUUCCAGUAUUUGGAAAGGCAAGUAAUUCUGGAAAUAGUUCUGGAACUUCUGGAAACGGAAACAAUUCUGGAAAUGGAAAUGGAACCUCGGGAAUGCCUGGAGUCACAAGAACAAGUGCAGCGAGAGUGGCUUCGUCACUCUUUUGUCGUCAACUUUAUGCGAAUCUUUUAAGCAUGGAUCCCAAUCUCGAGAGCUUAUUUCCGCUGAUUCGGCACCAGGCAGUGGCAUUUUCUGGCGUGCUCUCGUUUGCGGUUUCCCAGCUUGAAAAUCUCUCCACUUUGGACGACUAUUUGAUGUCAUUGGGCAAACGGCACUCACGUAUUUUGGGUAUUGAGCCCGCCAGCUUCGAGCUCAUGGGUGAAGCUUUGGUACAGACGUUCCACGAGCGGUUUGGAAACAGGUUUUCUCAUGAACUCGAAAUCUUGUGGAUUAAAGUGUACCUUUAUUUGGCCAAUUCGAUUCUUCAAUUUGGAAUCGAUCCAGUAUUAAGAUUAAACGAUGAUAGCAAUGCCUCGGUGUUUUCCUCAAACCAGGUGUACCAGCUGCUGCUCUACAACACAACCAGCAACUCCACCAGCAACAAUAAUAGUAAUUUUGAAACUUCUAGUGUUUUUGAAGGAAAACGAGGAAGUGUGUCUACGGCCGUAACCUCGGCGCAAGAUUCUGCCAUGGGAUCUGUGGAUGCCGCAAGGAAACCUUCGGUGUCAGCAGCACCAAAAAAGUCGGUUCGGGCCAGUAUAAAGAAGAAAAAAGACAACUGUGUUGUUAUGUAG